UCUACCUUCCUUCUUCCCCACCCAACGCCUCCCGACUCUCAUUGGAUCCCAUCAGGUCUACUUGUGCAAAAGAGCAAGCAGUCUUGUGUUGUCUGUUUCAAGUGUUGAAUUUCGAAUUCCGUGAAACAUGGAUCUGCCAGAGAAAUUUCCUCCAAGCAUGGUCCUGGCUGGAGUCGCCGACCACCUCCAUGAUUAUCACAGUGAACUUCGCGUCUCCCUUUCCUCCAAUCACGUGGCGUACGAAGAAGCUCUUGUUGCAACUCUGGAUUGUGUGCGCGGCCUUAAGGACCGCAUUCUCCUACCAACCACAAAUCCGGCCCGGCGAGAAGCCUUACGACGAAAGGCCCUCGAAAACAAAAAUUUGGAGAACACUCGCAUCUCAUCAAGCCGACCUAUCCGAACCUCGGGCAAGUUGGAAUCCGCAGAUUUUCCAGAGCCGCUCUCUCCAGAACGCCGUGCCUUGUUGAAGAAGAAACUACUGGCUGAAAAUAUGCCCCCACCGCAAGACCAUUAUGUGCUCGAACUCCGCGCUUUGCGCACAGAGAAUACGCUGGUAGCUAUCGUCGGCAACGCGAGAAUCACCGCUAUCGACUGGGAUUUAGGUAUGCCGGAAUGCCAUCUCAAGGGGAUUGAAAUGCUUUGGGAUACUGGUGCUACCAGCACUAUUAUCACGAAAGACCUCCUAGGCCAAGAUUUUCAAGCCCAUCUAUCAGACACAAUCCAUGCGCCAUACAAAAACCAGAACGGCACUCGCGUUCAGAUUUCCGUCAACCUCGAGUUUACCAACGCGCUGUUUAGCAUGGAUAUUGUUGCAUGGGUUGUGGGUAAAGAAGCACUCCCACCAAAUACGCGGCCGGGUGUUAUCCUGGGACAAAAGGAUUGUAUCAAUGCCAUCCAGUACAGAUCUAUCCCACGAACAAUUCUUGAGGCCAGAGGGGAGUCGGUUAAUGAAAUGUUCUGGGGUGAUUUGAUUCUGGAGAGCUAUGUUGAUUUUGACGGAACAUUGAAGGAGAUUGUUUAGCUUUGCUUGUCCUGUACUUUUGAUUUUGCUGCCCUGGUGUUUCUGUGUGUAUCGAAUAUACUGGGGGAUUUUCAUGUAUUAUUAACUGCUCAGGCGAAGUCACCAUGCAAGAAUUGAAUUUAAUUGUUGAAUGCAGA